AUGUUGAUCAGUUCAUGGUUGAAUGUUUCAACUGACCCUAUAGUUGUUUCAUGUAAAAAACGAUGGUAUAAGAUCAACAAGGCAGUUGCACAAUUUGCUGGUUGCUACAAUCAUGCUAGUCGAAACAUAAGGAGUGGUUCAAAUGAUAAUGAUAUAAAGGAGUUGGCUUAUAAACUUUAUUCCACAAAUUAUGGUCAAAAAUUUACUUUUGAGAGGCAUUGGAAUAUGCUUCACUUGGAGCAAAAAUGGAGAAACCAACUGCUUACACAGAGCGGAGGCUCAAAGAGAACCAAUGUUAGUGCAACUGGAGCAUACUCAUCAUCAUCAAAUCUAGAAAUACCGUUGGCUGACGAAACUGGUAUAGACUCGCCCGUUCACCCACAAAGAUCAAAGAAGAGCAAGAGAAAGGGUAAAGAAAAAGUACAAAUGUCUGAAGAUCUUAGCGAAAAGAAAUCAUCGGUUGUUAAGAAUCUUAGCGAAAAGAAAUCAUCGGUUGUUAAGAAACUAUCUCUCAUGGGAGAUAUUAAGAAUGUUAGAGAAAAAAAACUAAGGAUAGGAAAAAAGAAAGAGAAAGAGGAGAGGGAACAUAUAGAAAAGAUGAUGGCAAUCAAAGAAAAGGAGUUACAGAUUCAAGCGGCAAUGAAAGAGUAUGAAUUACAAACUUAG